AUGAUAUUUUAUAUUGCCUUGUAUCAUCAUCAUCUUUUUUUGGUAAAAAAUUUUUAUUCAGAAACCCUUAAACAACGUGAUUUACAAAUCUUAGAACUUACGAUGAAAAUAGAACAACUUGAGUGUUUACCGAAAAGUACUAGUCGAUGUGAUCCUGUCAGUCACGCCGGGUAUUUUGCAACAACAGCAACAUUGACAGAGUCAUCAAGUGAUUCGGUUGAUGAUCCGACAAAAUUUUGUUUAGGUGAAAAACAGUUCACAUCUAAUAAACAACAGGAUAUGUCAUCUCUGUUGCCAACAUGCAAUAUAGGUCAAUUGUUUACUAAUACCUCGACAAAUACACGCGGUAACAUACUUAUCCACUCUGCUUCAGUAAAUCAUGAUUAUAGUGGUAUUAAUAAUACUUUUCUACAGACUUCUAGAUUUUGUGCACCAGCCAUCCCAUCCAUAACUUCAUUCACAGACUUUGCAAGUUACCCUGAAAUUUAUGCUCAUGCAACUUAUCAUUAUAAAGACAAACAGAAUCUAAUCUUCACAAAACCUAUUACUACAACUUUCCACACCAACUUAUCUUCAUCUUGUUUGUUAACUUCUCGAAUAUGUUCCUCCUCGUCGUCUUCGUCGUCAUCUUCAAAUAUGAGCUGUGCGAUGCAUGCAGACGUACAGACACUUAAAAAUUAUAAAGAAUCAUCUGUUAUUACAUCAGUCAAUAGUAGCUGCCCAAUUGUACAUCAACAGCAUCACCGAAAAUAG